CAAUGAAAAUUGUAAUACUAUUUUUAAAUUUAUUUUUAUUACAUUUUAUUAAUAAUUCUGAAGAAUUAGAAAGAUGUGAAGGUUGUAAUGCCUAUAAAUGUAUGGAGGAUGAUAUUGCUCAUUGUGGCCCUAAUGGCUAUUUAAUUGCUUAUGGAGAAAAAAAUUGCAAAAACUUUUACAAGCCUGAAAUAUAUGACAGAUUUGAUGAACUUGGAAAACAAUUUAUUAACUGUACUGGUAAAUGCUUAAUUUAUAAUAUGGAGCUUUAUUUAGAGAGGAGAGCUGGAGAUAUUAAUUGCGAAUUAAUAAAAGAAGAAGGCUUUCAUAGUCAUCCAAAAUGUUAUUUAGAUUGUGGAUUUUGCCAAGUUUGUAAAUCUAAUAAAUAUGCACUUUUACGUGCUUAUGAUUUGAAAGAUUUCUUUUCAAAAGAAGCUAUAGAACAAGUUUAUAUUGUAAUUAAAGAAUGUGGAAUUUUAAAUUGUUUCCUUUAA